AUGACUUCUCUCCCGUCCACAGGUUCCGACGACCAGUCGGCCGUUCCGGAGGCCCUACGGGGGAUGAUUGUCCAGGCGGCUCCGGAAGACGAAGCGGAGUCGAUCAGCAGCCUAGCAGGUUGUUUUGCUGCCUUUGACCGUAAGCCUUCCUCUGACGUCCUUGAUGCUGAAUCGGACUCCCUGCGGCCACCUGCCACUCCGCUGGCCCUCUUUCGCCAGCCUCCGACCGCUCCAGGGGUGAAUGCACACUUCCCGUCAGACUCCUCUCCGAGCGCUCCGGCGCCACAGCAUCUGGAGAGCCGCGAGCGAACGCAGUCGAUUGCUCGCGUGUCUGAUCACCGCGUCGAGCCGGUGCCUCUCAAGGCGGUCUGCCCCGGCGGGUCUGACAGGCGCGACUGUCUUGCCGAAUCGAACGACGGAAGUGCAGGGGCCGUUGCCACGCCACGCGGCAGCUUGUCCCCACGGGCAAAGACCGCGUCGAUUGCGGGGUCUUCUUCAGUGCCCGAGGAGGGAAGCCUUGCGGGGAGCUCGGAACCAGGUCUGGCCAGCGCAGGCACGCAUCAGGCGCACCCAGAGCAGGCCGGCGGCGCCCGCCACGGGUCUCGUACCUUGAGGCAGUUUUCGUUCUCGAACCCAUCGGGACCGCCGCGACCCUUGUUCCCGAGAUCGGGAUCUCGAUCUGCAUUCCGGCCGCAUAUACCGACCAAGGGGGAGACCGAUAGCAGAGCGGCCAGCGGUCCGCCACGUACAGAGGCAAGCGCGUUCAGCGGAGACGACGAGGCUCGCCAGGAUCGAACGGAUUGUGCGCUGCAGAUUGCUCGAGAGUAUGGCCUGGACCUGACUGCGGAAGGAUGGAAUAAACAAGACAGUCUUGGCGCUUCUGCCGCAAAGCCGCCUCGCCCCUGGGAGCGUUUAGACCCGCGACACAGUGUCGUCAGUCUUGCGAAAAAUGUGACGGGUUACGGAUUUUACUUUGGGGCCACAGAUUCUCCUUACCCGAUGGGUCACGACGAGGAGAGCCACCGUGAAGAUACACCCGCCGGGCAACGCCAGAUUCCGGCCCAACCGAGGACGCCACAUGAGGACGCAGACGCCCCAGAAGCUGGAUCGGGCUUUUCCCACUACGGGAGGUGUUUCCGUUUCCAGCGGAUGUAUCCACGCAAUGCUGGGAGCAAACAACCGACCGAAGCUUCCGCAGCUUCGCGUUCCUCACAAAGCAUCGAAAAACAGCCCACCUUUUGUGGCUGUCUUCGUUACGCAACUGCGUGGAGAAGAUCUCGCGGGCGACACGGAGGCCAGGCGUCAGGGCCCUUGAGUCGGAAGGAAAUGCGGCCGCGGAAACUCAAACAUCUCAAGUGUGAAAACGUUCCUCCCUUUCUGGGUCCGCAGAGGGAGGAGCACAAGAGCAGAACUACCCUCGUUCUUGACCUUGACGAGACGCUGGUUCACAGCUCCUUCAGGCCCGUGUCAGUUGCUGCUUUCGUCAUUACGGUUGAAGUCGAGGGGAAGCCGCAUAAGAUACACGUGUGCAAGAGGCCCGGAGUUGACAGGUUCCUGGAAGUUGUCUCAAGCCUCUAUGAGGUCGUCAUCUUCACUGCCAGUUUGCAGACUUAUGCCGACCCUCUGAUCGACCUCCUGGAUCCGAAAGGCCUGUGCCCGUAUCGCCUUUUUCGCUCUUCGUGUAGCCACUGGUUUUUCAAUAUGGCGGACCGAGAGCUCGAUGACCUCACAUCAAUUCUUGCAGUUAUGGCAACGGUGCAGGACGUUCCCGCCGUUCUCAAAGAAACUGUUGGGCCGUCGUGUCGAGAACGGGUCCUGCAAGAGCUGCGACUGUUAGGCGAGGUGGAAGACAAGAGAGACGAGGAAGAAUGGUUCAACUUUUGCCAAAUUUGA